AUGGAAAAACUGGAAUCAAGGCUCAAGAAUACCCCCUAUUUUCACUGUGAGAGAGGAAACAAUUCUGUCCCUGUGUGCCAGAAGUGUGAAACGUGUAUCGUGGCUAGGAAGAUCUUCUACACCAAAGAGUGGUUCCAAAGGAUCGAUGAGACUACUCAGAGGAGGUUUCUGGUUAGCAUUCUGAGACAGUUGGAUAACUUAUAUUUGUUACACUAUUUUAAAAGUAUCCUUGAGACCACACAGGGGAAGGAUUGCAUCUAUAACAGGUCCCGGAUCAACCUUGGCAAGGAGGAGGAGAAAAUGUUCUCCUUGAACCAAAUGUUGGAAAAAACAGUAAAACAGAAGAUGAGGAAGACUGUGUGCUGGUUUGGGAACAGCACCCUCCGGACUAAGGCCAAUUACACACUCUUGCUGCUGCAGAUGUGUGACCCCAAGUUACUGCUCACUGCUGCCGAUGUCAUCCGAGUCCUGUUCCAGAAAGAGCAGAACAACAUUUCAGGGCUGGAUCAAGACUUCAAUCAUGCGUUUCUCUUCCCUGGAAAAGACUAUGACCCCCAGUCUGAUACUUCAUAUGUCUACUUGGCAGCCAAAACCAAGAACAUAUCCUUCCCUAUGUCCAAAUAUUCAGGAAAAGAAAGCUUGCUUAAAAACGCUGGGCGGGAAGCAUAUAAUACUGAGGGACAAUGGAAGAGUUCACUCCAGUGUAUUUACGACAUGAAAAGGCUAUUUUCCAAAAAAGCUGACACGCCCAAGGCAGGGGGCACCCCCUCUGAUCUGUUGGCUGACUUAGAUGAUGUCAAAGACCUGUCUUCUGGGGCCAGCAAAUACCGAGACUUCAUCCGCCGCCUGCCCAUCCACCUUUCCAAGUAUAUUCUAAGUAUGCUUGAUAAAACCACCCUGAACAGAUGUGCCUUGGUGAGCCAGCACUGGGCCACACUGGUACAGCAAGUCAAGAUGGACCUCUCGAUGCAUACAUUCAUUCAGAACCAGAUUGCCUUACUGCAGGGGUCCUACACAAAAGGAAUCGAUCCUACCUACGCCAACAAGCUUUUAAUCCCAGUUCCUAAAAUGACAGAUGACGGAAAGCGCAUGCGUGUGAAAAAUCAGAAAUGGAAACUGAGAACAAAGAAUGAUUACAACCUGUGGUCGGCAUACCAGAACCAGGACACGCUACAGAUCCAGAUGGAGGAGAGAAAUGUUUUCUGUGGAUCUUACAACAUCCAUAUUCUCUCGGACACGUGGGACAGAAACAGAGUCAUCCAUUAUUCUGGGGGAGAUUUUGUAGCAGUGUCAUCCAAUCGGAAGAUCCACCUUCUGGACAUCUUACAAGUAAAGGAGAUACCCAUCGAGUUCCGAGGCCACGCUGGGAGUGUCCGCACCCUCUUGUUGUGUGAGGAGGAAAAUUUUCUCCUGAGUGGGAGUUACGACCUGAGUAUCAGAUACUGGGAUCUGAAAAGUGGUAAUUGCAUACGAAUCUUCAAUGGCCACCAAGGGACAGUCACUUGCAUGGAUGUAUAUAAGAACAUGCUUGUAUCUGGAGCAAAAGAUUGCCAGGUCAAAGAGUGGGAUAUAGAGACAGGGAAGUGCCUAAAGACGUUCAAACACAAAGACCCCAUUUUGGCCACCAGGAUCAACGACACCUACAUUGUGAGCAGCUGUGAGCGAGGGACAGUCAAAGUGUGGCACAUUGUCAUGGCUCAGCUGGUGAAGACUCUCAACGGCCACGAGGGAGCUGUGAAGUGCCUGUGCUUUGACGAGUGGCAUCUCCUGUCGGGGAGCGCUGACGGCCUGGUCAUGGCCUGGAGCAUGGUGGGAAAGUAUGAGCGAUGCCUCAUGGCCUACAAGCAUCCCAAGGAGGUGCUCCACGUGGCCCUUCUCUUCCUCCGGGUCAUCAGUGCCUGUGCAGAUGGCAAGAUCCGCAUUUACAACUUCCUAAAUGGGAACUGUCUGAAGGUGAUAAAAGCCAAUGGCAGAGGUGAUCCUGUGCUGUCCUUCUUUAUUCAGGGCAACAGGAUGGUGAUCAACACAGACAGCAAUAUUCUCAUGUUCCAGUUUGAGAAUAUAAAGUGGCAGUACUACGUGGAACAGGCCAAACCAAAGAAGAACAAGGAUAAAGAGGAGGACAAGGAAGAAAGCCUCACAGAAGUCCUCUCCAAGGCCAGCACUUUGGUUUACAGCCUGGCGGGCUCUAUAUCCAGUAGACAAAUGUUGGCCCAGGAGUCCCUGUUAAGUAAACCUCGCAGGUCCCGCAUCCUCCCGAAGGCAUCUAGGACACUGACAUCAUCAGUAGAGGCAUCUCAAAGUCAAGUAAAGCUAAAAUCACCCCGAAGAGAUGGAGAUGGCAAGAAGAGAGUGAGUCAUGUUUCUAAGGCAGCAAAUAGCUUGAAUGGUGAGCAGGACAAUGUGGAGGCAAACUCCCUUACAGGAGACUUGGAGAAAGUAGAAAAACAAGGACAACUGAAAACUGCUAGAGACUUGACCAGUCACCUAAAGAAAAAGUCCUGGAAGAUUCCCAUGUCACCAGACCGAUUCCUUCUGACUAUUAGUGCCCUGCAGCAAACCCAUAGUUCAGGGAAGUUUGCCUAUCCCGGUAGGCCCCAGACCCAAAUCACUGAUGCCUGGGAACCUUCAAUUUCAUACCCAAGGAAGGUCCUUAGUUUCAAAGGAAAUUCAUUACAACAUGCAAUUGAUAGGUUGAGAGCCAGCAACCCUCCCAUAGAUGUGAAACAAACCAGUAUUUCCCUUGAAAUCCAGAAACUGCAGCCCAACUUGAAGAACUCUUUACACAGUCCCCGAGUCCAGUCCACCAUACCUCAGCCCAUGCUUAUCCACUCCAAGAUCUGUGGGAGCUUAAAGGGCAAAACCAGAGCAACCGAUUCAAUUGAUAGUACAGCGUGCAGCUUCAGCCCCUUAACCAGCAUGAAGGUCAUUAAGCCAAAAUACAUGAUGGCUCCUCCAGUAGGCACAGCAACCCAGUCUGUCAAGAAAGAAUGGCCUCGUGUCUACUCGGCCCUGGAUCCCUUUAGAGUAAACACUGAAUUCAUGCUGUUGACUGUGAGGGAGGAGAAAGAGUACAAAGAAGCCAAAAUGAAAGAGUAUCAGGCUAGAAAGCCCACUGGAGUGGUCGAUCCAGAAAAAGCCAGCAAAGCUGCAUGGAUCAGGAAGAUCAAAGGCCUGCCUAUAGAUAAUUUCAUGAAGCAAGGGAAAACAGCAGCCCCUGAACUUGGUCCAAACGUAUUUAUCUAA